AUUUACGAAAUUCAAAGCAAUCGACAUUUCUGCCGCUACUAUUAUUACUGUCAAAAUUCCAGCCAAUUACUGUCUACAACAUUUCAUCUAUCAACACAAAUAGUCGCAGGACAAGUAAACCGAGAACAUCGCCGAAAGAAAAAUGACUACUCAACUUACAAAAUUGCCAAAUUUUGAAGAAAUUUUACAAAUUGCAAAGGAUACAUUUCGUCAAAAUUUUGGCUCAGAGCCAGAAUUGGGUUGUUGUGCACCAGGACGAGUAAAUUUGAUUGGCGAACAUAUUGACUACAAUGAUGGAUUUGUGUUACCUAUGGCUUUGCCGAUGGUGACGCUCAUUGUAGGCAGCCGUUGUCCUGGCGACGAGGCUGAUAUAAUUACAUGUAGUGCCAGUUGCGAAGAAAACAAGGAGACAGCUCGUGCCAAAUUCAGUUUGACGAAUAUGGAGCCUGGCAAGACUAAAUGGGCAAACUACAUCAAAGGAGUUAUACACUAUUACAGCAAUAAGGUUCAGGGUUUUAAGGCAGUCAUUGUGAGCAACGUACCCAUUGGAUCUGGUCUAUCGUCCAGUGCAUCACUUGAGGUAGCUACGUUGACAUUUUUGGAGCAUUUAACAGGACGAAAAGUUGAAAGUAAUGCAAAACGUGCUUUAAUUUGUCAAGCUGCCGAGCAUAAUUAUGUAGAAAUGCCUUGUGGUAUAAUGGACCAGACUAUUUCCGUAUGCGGCCAAAAGAACCAUGCUCUGCUAUUGGACUGCAGAUCGUUGGAAACAUACCAAAUUCCAUUUGUUGCCAGUGAAAAAGACCUCGUGGUUCUAAUUUGUAAUUCAGGUGUGCGGCAUGAGUUAUCAAAGAGUGAAUAUCCAAAAAGGCGCGCACAAUGCAUGCAGGCACUCGAGUUAAUGGCGCUGAAGAGCUAUAGAGACGCAACAGAAAGCAGCUUGUCAGUUUUGGAAAGGAGUGGUGAGGAAGAAUUGCUGAAAAGAGCACGACACGUCAUUACGGAAAUCAAGCGUACGCAAGACGCGGCUGCGGCAUUGAGGGAGCACAAUUUUGAAAAGAUGGGCAAACUAAUGAAAGAGUCUCAUACAUCAUUACGUGACGACUUCCAAGUAUCCUGCAUUGAACUGGAUGUGCUGGUGAAUGCGGCCAUUAAUUGUUCUGGUGUUUUGGGAUCACGUAUGACUGGCGGUGGCUUCGGCGGUUGCACUGUGACUUUGCUGCAGCGCUCCGUUGUUGACAGUGUAAUGGCGACGAUGCGUGAGAAUUUCAUCAGAAAAUUCAAUAAGGACGCAGCUCAACGUAUUGAAUUCUAUAUUUGUACGCCAAGCGAGGGUGCGAGACGUGUGAGUUUGUAGUAACGAAUUCCACCAACAACAACAACUACAACAACUCACUGGCAAUCAAGCGACCACAAUAACAAUAAUACAAAUUGUAAAAAAUAAAUUAAAAAAAAUAAAACAAAUUUUAUAAUAAAUAAAUAAACAAGAAGAAAAUUGCAUUGCAAUCACAGA